CCUCUCCCGCGAAGAGUUGCCCGACACACCGCAAAUCUGCGCCCUACCCUAAUGGACACCGGGGUCGGACGGACCCCUCCUCCUGCGGCGGCGGCGGACGCCGGCGAUGAGCCACGGGACGCGCGUGUCGUGAAGGAGAUCUUGCGUUCGGUGGGGCUUAAUGAAGGGGAUUACGAGCCGGCGGUGGUCCACCAGUUCCUGAGGCUCGCCCACCGGUACACCGGCGACGUGCUCGGCGACGCGCUGGCCUACGCGGAUCACGCUGGCAGGGCGUCGCUCCAAGCAGACGACGUCCACCUCGCCAUCCGCUCCAACGCAACGUUCGGCCACGAGCCGCCGGGCCGCGAGGUACGUGCUUAGCCCUAAACCUCUCCGUUCCUCAUGAGGAUUUCGCUGCUGUUGGCUGCGUCAAUCGCGUUCGCGGCUGUCGGGGAUGGGGUUGUUUGGAUCCUGCGCUUUCGUGUCCUGAUCGAUCGGAACUUUACUCGCGGAUCACGGGAUCGGUGGUUAGACUGGUGUUCAAGAAGCAGCAUGAGUUUGCAGUUUCCACGCACUCUCCGUUCCUUUCAGAUCGUGCGCGUUGGAAGUUCUGAGUUUUUAUUCACCCGGAUUUCCUCGUAGAUACGAAACAAUUGAAUAUUUUAUUAUCAGAUAAUGGAAGUAUAAUUCCCCUG